CUAAAAAUUAAUUCCCACUUCCCAUCUUACUAACUAACAAUUUAUCCUUCUCUUGAGGUUAUUUUAGAGGAAACACUGAAGAAAAUGGAUACAGGAAAUCUGUCUGUAGUGUCAGAAUUUGUGCUUCUGGGACUUUGCCAGUCGUGGGCUAUGCAGGUCCUACUCUUACUGAUAUUUUUUAUGCUUUACCUGAUUAUUGUAUCUGGAAAUAUCGCCAUCAUGAUCUUAAUCAUCAUCGACACCCAUCUGCAUUCCCCCAUGUACUUCUUGUUGGCCAACUUGUCCUUUGUUGAUAUGUGGCUUUCUUCAGUUACCACUCCUAAGAUGAUUACAGACUUGGUCAGGGAGAACAAGACUAUUUCCUUUGGAGGUUGCAUGUGUCAGAUUCUCUUUGUGCAUUUUGUUGGAGGUGGUGAGAUGGUGCUAUUAGUAGUAAUGGCGUAUGAUCGCUAUGUGGCCAUCUGCAAGCCACUCCACUAUUCAACCAUUAUGAACUUGCAAAAGUGCCUUGGGCUUGUGGUUAUUUCCUGGACCAUUGGCUUUGUGCAUGCCAUGAGUCAAAUGGCUGUGAUUAUGCAAUUGCCUUUUUGUGGCCCCAGGGAAAUGGACAGCUUCUUCUGUGAUAUACCACUGGUCAUCAAGCUUGCCUGCAUGGAUUCUCAUAGCUUGGGAAUGUUAAUGAAUGCUGACAGUGGGGUUCUGGCCAUGACCUGCUUCAUAUUGUUGCUGAUAUCCUACACAUACAUUCUUUUUACUGUUCGACAAGGCUCUAAAACCAGUGCAUCUAGGGCACUCUCUACCUGCACUGCCCACAUCACGGUGGUGGUGCUCUUCUUUGGGCCCUGCAUCUUCAUCUAUGUGUGGCCACUCAGCAUCACGUGGGUGGACAAAUUUCUUGCUGUGUUUUACUCUGUUAUUACACCUCUUCUAAAUCCAGCCAUUUAUACCCUAAGAAAUAAAGAGAUAAAAAAUGCUAUGAAGAGAUUCAGAAGCUACUACUUGCAUGCCAAGGAAAAUAUUUAA